AUGGAACGAUUGGAACGUCGUUCUGAACGCUAUACUGUUAUAAAUGCCCAUUUGCGUUCAGCAGAUGUUGGUGGCGUUAGUGAUGGAAGUGCUGGAGGAAAUGGUGAUGGUGGUGAAGAUGGUGGAGAUGGGAGAAUGAAUACAGCCAACUAUGAAUGUUGGCUCAAACUAGUCGAAACAAACAAUCUAAUUUCUGUAGAUAAUGGAAUACUUUUGUAUCAGGAAUAUAAAGAAAAACCCAAAAAACAAAGAUUAGAGAUGGUUAAAAAUAUAUGA